GCAACUCUGUCUCUUCUACUCUACAACUACCUCCGACAAGGCGGAAAAGGAGCAGAAAUGCCUUCGUGGGCGCCCCUCACCAAGGAGCAGCUGGAACAACGGCGCAUUGUCAACAUCAACGCCGAGACUGUCUCCAACGUAGCCUCGACCGACCUCCCUGGACACUAUGGACCGAAGCAGGACGAUACCUGGAACCUCGACCGAUUCCGCCAAAACCUCCGCAUCCAGUUUCACCAGAACAAGCCUCUCGAUGCUGCCUUCUCCCUCGUCGGCGUAGAUGCGAGCGUCGCCAAUGCCCUCCGCCGCAUCGCCCUCGCCGAACUGCCCACCCUCGCCAUUGAGAAUGUCUACAUGUAUGACAACACGAGCAUCAUUCAGGAUGAGGUUCUGGCGCAUCGCAUGGGUCUGAUUCCACUCAAGGGCGGCAAGGAGGGCUUGCGGUGGAUGCAGUGGUUCAAGAAGACCCCACCGGAGAGCGAUCACGCAGCAUAUGCGCAGUUCAUGGCAGAGCAAGAAGAAGAGGGCGCAGACCGCUCCGCAAGCACACCCUCAGAUCUCAACACCGUUGUGCUGAACCUCAAAGUGGAAUGCCGGUGGAAGACGGUCGAGGAGGACGGCGUGGAUGGGAAGAAGUUGGCCAGAGAGGGAAGCACAGAUCCGACGGAAAAGUACGUCAACAGCAAUGUGUAUGCGCAUCAAAUCACCUUUGAGCCUCAAGGUCAACGACAGCCCGAGUUCUUCUCCGGGGAGAAUGCCAUCAGACCGGUGAAUCCGGACAUUCUGAUUGCAAAACUACGACCUGGCCAAAGAAUUCACAUGACGAUGCACUGUGUCAAGGGCAUUGGCGCCGAUCACGCCAAGUUCUCCCCCGUGGCCACUGCUUCCUAUCGAUUACUCCCGGACAUCAAAAUCACACAACCCAUUGUGGGCGCAGACGCGAAGGCCUUCCAAAAGUGCUUCCCCAAGGGGGUUAUUGGACUAGAGGAGGACCCUGAGAGCGGCGAGAAGAGAGCGGUAGUCAAAGAUCCGUUCAAAGACACCGUCAGCAGAGAGUGUUUGCGAUAUGACGAGUUCAAGGACAAGGUCAAGCUGGGAAGAAUACGCGAUCACUUCAUCUUUAGCAUGGAGAGCUCGGGACAGUUUGACAGUGAUGAGCUGUUUAUUGACAGUAUCAGGGUGUUGAAGCAGAAAGCAACGACUUUCAAAAAGCAUCUGGAUGCUCUCGAAGAGGGGCGUUGAGCUGUGAACACAUGCAACGCGAUGAUUCAUGGUAUCACUCAUGUCGCUAUCGAAUGCUGUGCGACGUGAUAAGGGAAAGUCCGGGCAAUUUGAGAGCGUGCCCUACGAUCAAAGCCUCAGAUGAGCCACCUUCAGCUCCAAGGUGUUAGCAAUAGGUCCGCCUCAAGCGAAGUAUUCAGCAGUGGAUCCAGAUUUCGUGCAAUCCUGCACUAGGUUGUGUGGGCGCUGCUGUGCACUGUGCAUCGUACAGUGAAAUCUCCAUAGGGCUAUAAGAAGGUCUCGAGAGCGGAUUUCGAGUGGCAAGAAACAGUGGAAGCUUACACGACCUGAUAGCCAAAAACAGCUGGGAAUGCCUCUCGAAGCGCGACAAGACCUCGAGAGGUGUCCGAGUGAUAGCAGCGUAGACUGACAGCAGGCGGAGCACAUGAUUUCUGGCGUGGAGAGCGGAUAUCACGCAGGUAGGUAUAUCCACGUAGGUAGUCACUGCCAUACGAGAUGAUGGGAAUCCUCCUGCCGCCAACUGCCUACUCCCUCUUUCUGUUUCGCAGUUUACUAUACAGUCUACCUAACUUGACAAUGGUACAUUUUCCAUCUUCU